AAUUGACUAAAAGGUAUUUAAAAACCUAUUUUAAAGUAAAGAAUAAUUCUGUAAAUUUGUGUGUGGUAAAAAGGAAAAAUUAAGCGAAAACUUCAUGGCACGGCUGGUGGGUUGGCGUAGCGCCGUACUAAAGACGAACCGACGACAUAAGAGCGAAAGAAAAGAAAAUUACAUAACGAGAAUUUUCCUUUAUGAUUUUUAGGGAAAAAUUUCGUCUUAUACACAAAUAAUUGCAAAUGAUUGCAAUGUUUCGUAAAGCAAUUUUAUGUAUUUAUUACAUUUUAACAACUUUUCCAUAUAUAAAAACAGAAAAACUAUGCACAGUAAUUUUUAUUGGGAAAAAGCAAAAAAUAUUCAUGCCUUCAAGUUCAUUUUUCACACAGGACUUAACUAUAAAAUUCUACGAAAAAUAUACAAAAACAUAGGACACCCAUCUAUCACUCAAGAUACGACAGAAGGCAAGUGGAUUUCUAAGCAUUCCAAGGAAUACUACGUUAAUUGGACUGUUAUAAGCAGAUACAACAGCUGCUCGCUUUCUGCCCAUGCUGAAGACGGCUGACAGCUAUUGCAAACAAACAAUUUGAUUUGCAGAUCCUGUGUGUGAAGCCCGAAAACAGCAAAUCUAUAAAUAGGACAUUGAGAAAACGAUAAAAUGCCCAAUAACCGCAUGAGAAGCGACGAUUUUGAUAUAGAAUCUGCAGACCGUUCGGGUCGAAUGGAAAGACGACGUUCAAAUCAUAACGUUAAAUCAUACAAACGCUCUUAUCGUAAUGACAGUCGCUCAAGAAGUCGUUCUGUAGAGCGACACAGACGUCGACAGCAUCGCGGCGCGUUUUCGCGUAGCCGCAGUCGUAGUCGGAGCCGCGGUGGGUAUAGCUCACGCCACGAUAGACGUCAAUCUUUCCGGCGACACCGCGAUUCGCGUACAAGAUCACGUAGUCGUUCGCGAUCACAUAGACGUUAUCAACGCGAGAUGGAUGAUUUGAGCAGACGUCGGUCUUGUUCACGCAGCUCUUCGCAGCUAGAUGAUGAUCGUUGUCGGAGUAGCAAAAAAGAGUGUCGUAGCAGCAAUAAAAUCCAAAACUCUGAUUUGCAUACGCAUUCUAAGCCAUGUAGUUUAACUAACAUAGCAGAAGACACUAGAGACGACACAGGUCAACACACGAAUGAUUUGAAUGAAUUACCUUUACCAGAACGAUCGUGUAGUAGUACGGAAAGUUAUCAAGAGAAUAGCUACUAUAAUUUUGAUACAGAUGAACCGAUUGACAAGGAGCGUAUACAUCGAGAAAUGGAGGAGAAGUUAAGGCAAACUUUGGCGAAAGAGGGUAAAGUGUAUCCACCCCCUAAGCCGGAAGCUUCACAUCCAGUAUUUGCCAAUGAUGGCUCUUUUUUGGAAAUAUUUAAAAAAAUGCAAGAGCAACAAAAACAACAAGCUUCCACUUCAGCAGUAGCAGCUAAUGUAGUACCCGUUGUCCCAGUGUUAGCUGUCGCUAAUCCCACAACAGUUCCCUAUUUAGCGGCUACAGCCAUGGGUAAAAGUGCACCACCUCCUCCCAUAGUGGGACGCCGUCGUGGCGGCAAAAUUCUAAAAACAGGUGUAGUAGCAAAACCGAAAGUUCAGAAUGAGCCAGCGAACGAUCCCAAAGACUUUUGGUCACUUUACUUGGCUGAAGUAAACAAAUACAAAAACACAGCCUGCGAAUCGGAGGCUGGUAAUAGGCCAUUGGUUAAGUAAACUUCAAAUAUCGGAGAAGUUACGCGCGGCGUCAAGAAAACGCGUUUGGAGACCAAUGAACUUGAAGCAAAAAAUGAAUUUUUUUUAUUCAACCUUUUACAACAUUUCAGCAGAAGCUGAAAACUGUGCAUAUUUUUUCUUUUUUUUUUUUCAUAAGUUGGUAUUGACCUCUCCUAAAUCGUGAGAGGUGGGGAAGCCAUUAACGAUAAAAAGAAACUGAAUCGUAUUGAAAAUUAUGUAUUUAUCAAGAUUUUAGUAAAAAGGGAAAUUAUUAAAUUUUCUUAACGCACUAAACUGAAGAAAAUUAGUACUAAUGCAAUUUUUGUCUGUAGUUAAGGUAUACAUGCAGUUACAUUUACGUCUUUAUUGUUUCGUGGGCAUUAGCGAUAUAAGUCCGCAUGAUUUCAUUAUGUUUCAAUUACAUCAGGAUGUUAAUUGUCAUAAUUUCAUUGUAAAUAAUUUGUUGCAAAUGGUUAAUGGAAAGAAGGAACGAUAGAUCAAAUUUGUGAGUUCUGUAUUAAGGGGCGGCGACUGACCAUUUGCUGUGUGCUUAGAUAUGCAAUAAUAAUAAUAUCAAAUAAUUCUUUCAAUUAAAACAUAACCUUAAAAUUUCAUUUCUCUUUAUUAUAU